CGUGAAGGUGCGUCCCAGAUAGCAAGCGCCUCUGGGCUUCUGGCCAGAAUCAGAUCAGAUCCGGAACACUCCGCCCGACAAUGCACUGUAAAAUGUAGGGUUCAAGCCAGGUAUUAAACACGUCACAUAUUUUUGCUUCCUUAUCAGUUUUAACUGCAAUACGCGCACUUUUCUCUGCUCGGCAUCUCUUGCAAAAAUUAAAGCAAAUCAAUUCUAUAAUAUAUAUUUUAUUCUCAAUUAUAUAAUAUUUUAUAUAUUUUAAAUACAAGUAAUCACACUCCAACUACUUAUGUAAUGCAGGUAACUUGCACUUAACCUAAUUUAGUAAGAUCGAGAUCCAGAAGGAAGUUAACAAAAAAAAAACAAAAAAAAAACUUUAAAGCUACCAUACAAGAGUUUCUGUUUCCCGGACGCCAGAAACUGAUCACCAAGACUCGAGCUGCAAUAUUUGACGAGUUGGGGUGAGAAAAAUAACUUUCUUUAAAGUGUCUCUAAUGGCUGACUCGAUCCUGGAGAUCCUGGAGGAACUGUCAAACAAGGAAUUUAAGACGUUCAAAUUUUGUUUGAAUUACCAGGUACUGAAAGAAUGUAGACCCAUUCCACGAAGUCAACUGGAAGACAAAGAUAGGACAGAUGUUGUCAUGUUGAUGGAGAAAUUCUAUGAUCACAAGAUGGUGGAGGUCACUCUGGAGAUCUUAAAGAAAAUUCCAAGAAAGGAUCUCAUUGGAAGAUUGAUGAGCAAUCCUGGAAAAGGUGCGGAGGUCAGAGAGCAGACAGUGAGGAAACGGCCAUCAGAUGCUAUACUGAACAGCCCUGAGGUGAAGCGCAAAAGGAGCCUGAAUAUGGAGCCUGUGUUUGAGGCCCAGCAGGCAGGGACACAGUCCAUGACUGAAGAUGGUUCACUCCUGAACUCCAGUCACCAGGACCUGGAAACAAAAAAAAAAAUGUGUGCUGAAAGAGUCCGGGAGAAGCUGAAGUCUAGGCUGAAGAACAGGUUUGAGUGUAUAUAUGAAGGCCUUGCCAAGCCUGGAAAACACACCCUGCUCAACAGUAUUUACACUGAGCUCUACAUCACAGAGGGGGACUGUGAGGGUGUUAAUGAGGAGCACGAAGUGUGGCAGAUUGAGACAGCAUCCAGGACACAUGCUAUACAAGACACUGCAAUCAAAUGCAACGACAUCUUUAAACCCUUAUAUGGACAAGAGAUACCCAUCAGAACUGUGCUGACCAAGGGCAUCGCUGGUAUUGGAAAAACGGUCUCCGUGCAGAAGUUCACUCUUGACUGGGCGGAAGGAAAAGCUAAUCAGGAUGUUGAUUUCAUUUUUUUUCUUCCUUUUCGGGAGCUGAACUUGAUUAAUGAGGAGUACAGUCUCCUUGAGCUUCUGAAGGUCUUUCAUCCUGAAAUGAAAGGGUUUGAAAAUAUUGAGUUUGAUAAUUACAAGGUUUUGUUCAUCUUUGAUGGUCUGGAUGAAUGGAUGAAUUUCAGUGCCCGGAACCGUAAGAUACUGUCUGACGUAAGAAAAAAAUCUCCUGCAGAUGUGUUGGUGACUAACCUCCUUAAGAAGAAUCUCUUCCCCUCUGCUCUCCUCUGGAUCACCUCUCGACCUGCAGCAGCCAAUUGGAUCCUGCCUGAAUUAAUUCACCGGGUGACGGAGGUCAGAGGAUUCAAUGAUGCACAGAAAGAGGAGUACUUCAGGAAGAGAUUCAGGGAUCAGAAUCUGGUUGAAAGAAGUAUCUCUCACAUAAAGACAUCCAGGAGCCUUUACAUCAUGUGCCAUAUACCACUCUUCUGCUGGAUGUCUGCUACUGUUCUGGAGCGACUUUUGAGUGGACCUGACAGUGGAGAACUCCCUAAAUCACUGACUGAAAUGUACUCAUACUUCCUCUACACCCAGGCUGAAUUCAUGCAGAAAAAAUAUCAGGAGAACCAUAAGACAGAUGCACAGAAAAUUCUGGAACCGGUUAAGGAGAUCUUUCUGAAACUGGGGCAGCUGGCUUUUCAACAUCUGGAAAGGGGCAAUUCAAUAUUUUAUGAAGAGGACCUGAGAAAGUGUGACAUUGAUGUCACAGAAGCAUCAGUGUACUCUGGGGUGUGCACAGAAAUCUUGAAAGAAGAGUCUGUGCUGCAUCAGAAGAAAGUCUACUGCUUUGUGCAUCUGAGCCUCCAGGAGUACCUGGCUGCAUUGUAUGUGAUUCAUUCAUUUAUAGGAAAGAACUUCAAGGCUUUGAAGCCCUUCUUCGGUAAAAAGACUUUACCCAAUGGACUGUCUCUCAGUGACUUCCACAAGAAAGCUAUUAAGAAGGCUCUGGAGAGUAAGAAUGGACACCUGGACCUUUUCCUUCGAUUUCUUCUGGGCCUCUCACUGGAUUCCAAUCAACGCCUUGUCCAAGGUCUACUGACACAGACAGGAAGUAACCCAAAGUGCAUCCAGAAAACAGUUCAGCACAUCAAGGUCUUUAAAGAGAAAGAUCCCUCCCCAGAAAGAUGCAUCAACCUGUUCCACUGUCUGUCUGAACUCAAUGAUGAUUCCCUUGUGAAGGAUGUCCAAAAGUACUUGAGCUCAGGAAGUCCAUCUGGUGAAAAGAUCUCCCCUGCUCACUGCUCUGUCCUGGCCUAUGUGCUCCUAGUGUCAGAGGAGGAGCUGGAGUUUGACCUGAGAAAAUACAACACCUCAGAAGAGGGGCGACGUAGACUAGUCCCAGCUGUGAAGUGCUGCAGGAAGGCUGUGCUCAGUGGCUGUAAUCUCACAAUGAAAUCUCUUCAAUCUGUGGACUGUGCCCUGCAGUCAGUCUCCUCACCCCUCAGAGAGCUGGACCUCAGCAACAACAACCUGGGAGAUUCAGGAGUGGAGCUGCUCUGCUCUGCACUAAAGAGUCCAAACUGUAAAUUACAGACUUUGAGGCUGAGGGAGUGUAAUCUCACAGAUGGCUGCUGUGAUUCUCUGGCCUCAGUCUUGCGUUCUUCUCACUCAGAGCUGAGAGAUCUGGAGCUCAGAGACAAUGAGCUGCAGGAUUCAGGAGUGAGAGCACUCUCUGCUGGACUGGAGGACCCACACUGUAAACUGCAGAGACUGGGGCUGUCAGGCUGUCAGGUGACCGAGAGCGGCUGUGCUUCUCUGGCUUCAGCUCUGCGUUCAAACCCCUCACAUUUGAGGGAGCUGGACCUGAGCUACAAUAACCCAGGGGAGUCUGGAGUGACAGCGCUCUCUGCUGGACUGGAGGACCCCAGCUGUCGACUGGAGAUACUGCUUGUAGACCACGGAGGAGAGACCAGGCUCAAACCAGGACUGAGGAAAUAUGCUGUUCAGCUCACACUGGACCCCAACACUGCACACAGAAAGCUGUCUCUGUCAGAGGAGAACAGGAGGGUGAUAUGGGGGAAUGAGCAGCCAUAUCCUGAUCAUCCAGAGAGAUUUAACACCUAUCACCAGCUGCUGUGCAGAGAGGGGCUGUCUGAGCGCUGCUACUGGGAGGCAGAGUGGAGCGUGGAGAAAGGGGGGAAGUUGCCCUGCGUUGCCAUGGCCUUUAAAACGAUUGGCAGGAAAGGAUGGGGUGACGCCAGUUUGUUUGGAUACAAUGACAAGUCCUGGAGUCUGUACUGCUCUAAACAGAAAUGCUCUGCCAUACACAGAAAGACAACCACUGACAUACCUGCCCCCCCAUCCCCAUUCUGCAGAGUAGGGGUGUAUCUGGACUGGCCGGCUGGCACUCUGUCCUUCUACAGCGUCUCCUCUGACACACGGACCCUCCUGCACACUUUCCACACCACCUUCACUGAGCCUCUUUAUCCUGGGUUUAAAGUGAAUAAGGGAAACUCUGUGACCCUGUGCAUGCUGGGAUAGACUCCUAA